AUGUGUGAAAGGCUUGGGAGAUGUCUGGAGUUCAAGACCGACUACAAUACCCACAGCACUGUCCCUCUUCAAGUGGAAACCAGAAAGAAUAAGGUUCAGCUGGGAGUGCAGCAGAUGAUUCAGAGCAGACAGCAGAAAGUUAUUGAGAUCAGAAAUACACUACAAUCUAGCAGAAUAAAUGCAGAGCAAGAGGUAGAGAACAGUUGUCAGAUCUUUAGAGCUUUAAUACGCUCCAUUGAAAGAAGCCAGGCUGAGCUCAUUGAGGUGAUUUUGGAAAAGCAAAAGGAAGCCGAAAGGCUGGCUGAAAGGCUCAUUACAGGGCUGGAGCAGGAAAUCACUGACCUAAAACUCCUCCAGAGCUCACCAUCCCUGUGCACCUCUCCACCCACCAAGGACUGGUCUGAGAUCAGGUUUCAGAGUGUUGAGUAUGUCGGGACGGUGAGGAAAGCUGUGAAGAGAGCUGGCUCUCAGUUCGAAGACACACUGAAGAGUGAAUUGAAGAGGUUGUGUGAGGCUGAGCUCAAGGUUAUUCAGCAGUGGUCAGUGGAUGUAACUCUGGACCCUGAUACAGCUCAUCCCAAUCUCACUCUCUCUGAAGAUGUGAAACAACUUAGACAUCCCGGUAGACGACAAAACUACCCUGGCAAUCCAGAGAGGUUCUUCUACAUUGCCAGCAUCCUGGGAAAGGAGGGCUUCUCCUCAGGGAGAUUCUACUAUGAGGUGCAGGUGAAGGGAAAUACUCUCUGGAGUGUAGGAGUGGCCAGAGAGUCCAUUAACAGAAAGAUUCAUGCAGCAAAGCCUGAGAAUGGACUCUGGACUAUCCAGCUGGGGAAAGGGAACAUCUACAAGGCCUGCACCACUGACCCUACCCCCCUCUCCCUGAGUGAGAAGCCCCAGAAGGUGGGGGUCUAUGUGGACUAUGAAGACGGUGAGGUCUCCUUGUACAAUGCCCAGGCCAGGUCUCAUAUCUACUCAUUCACUGAUUGUUCCUUCACUGAGAAACUUUACCCAUACUUCAACCUUGGUGUUUGUGGCAUUGACAAAAUGUCAGCACCUUUGAUCAUCUCUCAUGUGAGCAAAUCAGAUUGA